UCUAAAAUCACAUACAUCUCUGAGUUACUUGACAAAGUGCUCUUGUUUCAGUGUUGUGGUAGUUAUACAGGAUGGAGAAGGAAACUUAGAGAAGAUUUAAAGUAUAUUUCAAUUUUGUCUAAAUAAAGUAGAGAGUAUUAUUAAUUAAUGUAUCUACUAAUCGGAAAUAACUUCUCUCUCCUUUCAAUUUAGUAACUCACUGCAACCCUAUAAGUAUGGUAGUUUGCAAAGUAUGGGCAGUCGCAAUGGCUAACCUACAGAAAGCAGAGUUCACGUUGUCGCAGAGAGGAGGAAAACAGGUUCUACACGGAGGUCACAAGUAUCGACUGCACGUUGACAGACAGGUAGCCACUCACUGGAAGUGUAUCAUCGACAAGUGCAAGGGUAGAUGCAGCACCAUUGGGGAUCACAUCACUUCAGUAUCAGAACACAACCAUCCUCCACUAGUGAAUGAAGAAGAGAGUCGACUUCUCACCAGACUUAGACAACGCGUUCAAGAAGAGAUCAAGCCUGUCCAGCAAAUCUACAAUGAAGAGACCCAGAACCUAGACGAAGAAGCUGCUGCUACUGUUGCUUCCUUCUACAGUAUCAAGUCUGGACUCUACCGUCAGCGUGCCAAGGUUCUUCCACCAGUCCCACGUACCCGUGCUGAUGUAGACCUCACAGGUACCUUUUUAAGUAUUAACUUAUCUACUGAUAUUUGCAUAAUGCUCAAUUGAUUUCUUGACAGUGUACUUCAUUCAUU